AUGGAUGGCCCAGGCCAGACCUCGAAUGCCGCCCCCGCGGGCAACUCCAGCGAUUUCGUGCGCAAGCUGUACAAAAUGCUGGAGGAUCCUUCCUACGCGUCCAUUGUGCGCUGGGGUGAUGAAGGGGAUAGCUUUGUGGUCCUAGAGUGUGAGAAAUUCACCAAGACCAUCUUGCCCAAACACUUCAAACACAGCAACUUUGCCAGUUUCGUGCGCCAACUGAAUAAGUACGACUUCCACAAGGUUCGCCAGAAUAACGAGGAGAGUGGUCAGUCUCCGUAUGGACAAAAUGCUUGGGAAUUCAAGCAUCCAGAGUUUCGGGCAAACAGCAAGGAUUCCCUGGAUAAUAUUCGCCGCAAAGCCCCUGCCCCCCGCAAGCAGGCUCAACCUUCAGACGACUCUGUCCCUACCCAACAGAUCGACCUCCUCAAUCAGCAGAUCCUCGCCCAGCAGCAGCAGAUUCAACACCUCUCCGACCGUUAUGCUCAACUCACCGUUGACCAUCAGCUGAUGCUGCAAGAAACGAUGCGGGUACAAAAAACAGUGUUGAACCAUGAGAAUGUUAUUCAUCAGGUGAUGACCCAUUUGCUUUCGGUCGAUGCGCGCCAGCGGAGGGAUAGUAAGGCAGCUGUUGGGUUCCAAGGGCAGGGUGGCUCAACUAUGAGUCCUAUGCAGGCUGGAAAUGUCGACGACGACCCUUCCUCACCAUUACAACAGGCCUCGAAGUUGUUGAACGACAUGAACGCUGAGUUCCAGUUCAAUCUUGGUAAUGAUCAAAAGGGCGCCGUCGCAGGACCCGUUGCUACACCGACAAUGGAUCCCGCUCGAAAUGGAAUGGUUCGGCCUGCUACCACCGCGCCGCCUAACCCAGCGCUUGCGUAUUCAAAGAUGGGCGGGGACUUGGAACAGGUGGUCUACCCUGUGGGCGCUACUAAUGGAAUCGAUCCCAUGUAUAGCGAACAUAUCAACAACGUGCCAUAUCCGAUGCCUACUAAGGCUGAGGUGCCCUCUGAGCCUCGCCAGCAACAACCGGAUACUCGAAAGAAGACUAAUCACGUCGAUCCUGGUUGGAUACGCAUGCCAAGGAUCCUGUUGGUUGAGGACGACCAGACAUGCCGACAGAUUGGUGGCAAAUUCCUUUAUUCCUUCAACUGUGAAAUUGAUGAUGCCUUUGAUGGAUUGCAAGCUGUCCAAAAAAUGCAGAACGCAGGGCCGGGUGGAGGAAAAUACGAUCUGAUUUUGAUGGAUAUCAUCAUGCCAAAUCUUGACGGUGUAUCGGCUUGUCAUCUCAUUCGCCAAUUCGACCAGACUCCUAUCAUUGCCAUGACUUCCAAUAUUCGCAGUGAUGAUAUACAGUUAUACUACCAACACGGCAUGAAUGAUGUUCUACCCAAACCGUUUACUCGCAAAAGCCUCCUCGACAUGCUGGAGACACAUCUCACACAUCUUAAGACCAUGCCCCAAGGUAUCGAGGGUGCUCCCCCGGUGCCCGUCACUAUGGCUACUCAAGCAUCAGCAACACAUUCGAUCAAAGAAGAUAGUUCACCCGGCCAAUCACCAGCUGGCUCUAUGAACAACUGGCAAUCACCCGGACAGUUCCAAGGUAUGCAAGCGGUGCAACCGAACAUGCCCACAAUGCAAGGACAGUAUGUUGCCGCAGGUGCGCCACCUCCAGCAGCAUAUGCCGUCGAUCAGAACGGCGUUCAAUAUCCUGCUCCACCAGUCGCUGUUCCCUCGAGUGGACCCCCUGUUCCGUCCCAACAUCGCCGACAAAUGUCCGAAAUGGCCGGUGCCCCCGAUGGUCAGAAUAUGGCUAAAAGACAACGUUUGUACACACAACCACAACCACAACCGAUGAUGACAGUCCAAGCCGGGCGCCCUGGCUAA